AUGGCCACAAAUAGUCUGUCUGCGUGGUAUUUCUUCCUUUCAGUUCUCUAUAUGCUUACUCUACCUUACAAUUGUCAUCCCCUUACAGUUGGUGGAGACAGCAUCGCUUUGGGAGCUUCUCUCACUGGAAAUCAGAGCAUAGUUUCAAAGAACGGCACCUUCGAAUUGGGAUUCUUUUGUCCAAACGGAACAAAUAACUGGUACAUCGGCAUCUGGUAUGCCCAAAUGUCUAACAAGACUAUCGUUUGGGUGGCUAAUAGAGAGACUCCCAUCAGAAACAAGCCAGGCGUUUUGAAUCUAACAACUGAUGGCUAUCUCAAACUGUAUGAUUCAGAUGGGCGAUCAAUAUGGUCAACAAGAAAGAACCAGAAAGCUAUAGCCUCCAAAGCUAUGAUAUUGGAUUCUGGUAGUUUUGUUAUGUUGGGCGCAAACAACAUUUCUGAAAUUGUGUGGGAGAGUUUCUUGUAUCCAGCAGACACAUGGUUGUCGGGAAUGAAGAUGUGGAAAGGCAUGAAGCUAACAUCUUGGAAGAGUUCGUUGGAUCCAGCACCUGGGCCCUUCUCUUUAGAAAUGGAUCCAGCCCCAAGCAAGACGUAG